AUGAGUGCCUUGUUGGGUGAACUGAAGGUGGAAGUGAGAUACUUGCAAGAAGAUAGUAAAGCUAAGGUAAGAGAACUGGAGUUGCAGAAGACUGAUGUGGACAAGUUGAAGGAACAAUACCAAGUGAAACGAGUGGCUUUCUCAGCCUCUCUGCUAGCUUCAGGCUCAGGAUAUGUUGGCCCGUUUAACACACACACACCUCUGGUCUUCAGAAAUGUCGUCUCAAAUAUUGGAAAUGCCUACAAUCCACAUACAGGGUUUUUCAUUGCACCAGUGAGAGGAGCCUACCACUUUGAGUUCUACAUUGGUGCACAUGGUCAUAAUUCAUAUCCUAGCUCAGCUGCAUUGGUCAAGAAUGGACAGCAUAUAUUUAUUGCCUAUGAACAUCAGAAUUCUCAUUAUGGGAGUAGUGCUAAUGGUGUCACAUUGUUAUUAGAGGUUGGGGAUGUCGUGCUUUUGCGUCUGGGGGUGAACUCAAGGAUUUUUGACAAUGAAGACCACCACAGCACCUUCAGCGGUCAUCUGCUUUUUGCCAUGUGA